ACAUCCACAUCAACCACACUGACCAGUACACCUACAACCUCGACACCCACAUCCACAUCAACCACACUGACCAGUACACCUACAACCUCGACACCCACAUCCACAUCAACCACACUGACCAUUACACCUACAACCACGACACCCAUAUCCACAUCAACCACACCGACCAGUACACCUACAACCUCGACACCCACAUCCACAUCAACCACACUCACCAUUACACCUACAACCAUAACACCUACAUCCACAUCAACCACACCGACCAGUACACCUACAACCUCGACACCCACAUCUACAUCAACCACACUGACCAGUACACCUACAACCAUAACACCUACAUCCACAUCAACCACAUCGACCAGUACACCUACAACCUCGACACCCACAUCUACAUCAACCACACCGACCAGUACACCUACAACCAUAACACCUACAUCCACAUCAACCACACUGACCAGUGCACCUACAACCACCACACCCACAUCCACAUCAACCACACCGACCAGUACACCUACAACCUCCACACCAACAUCCGGAACACGCCCAGGAACAAGUGAAGGACCCAAAAAACUUGUUACAUUAGUAUCAACAUACCGAACAGGCUACUCAUCUGCAACGCCCAAAUCGUCCCCCCUGCCUACAACGACGACGAUAUUAACAACUCCGCCACCUACAAUGUCUCCGCAUCCUGGAAAGGCGAAUUUCAACCUUGGUUUUUCGCUGGAAAUUGAUGCAACGUUUUCCAGUGAUCUAAAUGAGAAGACUUCACCCGCCUAUUUAAACUACUCAGCUGCAUUCAAAGAAAAGAUCUCACUAGCCUUUCUGGGUGUUCCUGGUUUUAGAUACAUCAUUAUUAAUGAGUUUCGGAGUGGAUCCAUCAUCUGUGACUACACCGCGGUGAUCAAUGCCACUGCCAAUUCUACAGAAGUGAUCGCCAAAAUCGGUGGCCCCGUGAAACAAAGGCUGCAGCAGGUUGACGUGAACGGCAUUCAAAUAAAUAGUGGUUAUUUAAAUCGGAAAUUCAUCGAGGAUCUCCGUACUUCAAAGAAGUUAAUGUCGUCUCGCUGCAAUGCGGAAGGUAUCUGUGAUUUCGGCUACAGCUGUUCUGACGAAAAGGCCAACCAAAAGGUCAUAUGUACCAGUAAUUGUAAUGGUAACGUCUGUGGCGAUCACGGUGUGUGUCACCUCCAGGCUGAUGGUCAGCCUACAUGCAGAUGCAAAACGCACCCAAAGUAUGUUUACAGUGGGGACAAGUGUGAGAUUACAGGGGAGCAGUUGCUACUGAAGUCUGAAUAUAUCGCCGCCAUAGCUGGAGGUGCGGGAGGUGGCCUCGUUCUCAUACUAGUCAUAGCUCUCAUCUGCACAUGCGUCAGGAAGAGGAAAGCUCAAGAAAAACGUGACGGUGGUAAUGUCGAAGGUAUCCAACAACAGUGGACCUCCAUACAGGACGACUCCAAGGGAUAUCAUCUUCAGAGACAGUCGUAUGAGGCCAUUGAGAUGGACCAACUCCCAACUGAACGUAUAAAACCUAGCCUGGACGAGGAGCCUUUCUCCAUGUAUCAACCUUCAAUGCGAGAAGACCACUACAGGACCGGUGCUGAAAAGUCCUUUGACUCUAACCGUUUGUCAAGAGCUGUCUCAGGGUUUUAUGCUAAUGUCAAUGAGCGCCGCCGUAAAACCAUUUCUGUCAUCCAAAAUACUCCCCACAUGCAAAUCCAAAACUCGAAACUUGAUCUUCGGGAACAAUAUAGCUUCCGGUCACAUGACCAAAUGGGGCAAGAUGGCUAUGUUCCGAAGGACAGACAUCUGGAACGGCUAUAUCGGGAGCAGCUAAUGUCGGACCGAAACCACGGGAGACACGAGAGCUUUAGAAAUGACAGACGGAGCUUGCGAGAAGCCGACCGUGUACAACAAACGCCUGUUCUUUCUCCCAAACCUCGGCCUAAGACGUUCGGGGAAUUUCGGCACCCAAACAGUUUCAUCCCUGUCCCUGAGCCAGACUACGGCGUCGAUAACGGCAGCGGCAUGGAACACAACAGACGACGACCGCGCCAGGACAACGAACCGUGGGAUCGGGGACAACUCUACAGAAGCGAGAGUCAAGGGAGAGUCAACGACAGCGCAUUUGCCCGAGAUUUGCAGCGACGUGGACAGGAGAUAAGGUGCCAAGGGCAGAUUGAGGGAAACCAGGGACAGACGUGGACAAUGGGAGCACUCGGACCGCCGGAGUGAGAACUGGUCUCGCCAGGGACGGGAUGGCAUUGAGAGACGUCAUUUUAACCAUAACUGAUAGGACACGAAGUCUGUUGUCGGAGUCUGCACUGUGGCAGCCAUACACAAGUUAUGCAGUAACGAUUUCAGUACUUGAGGAACUAACAUCACCCAGAACAACGAACACCCUACGCAAUCAAAACAACCUCGUCACCCCAGGUCACCAUAACAACAACACUCACAGCCCAGACACCAUCAGCAAGCACAACACGACCACUCACGACACCCUGGACACCCUGACAAACCACCCCAACUUGGACACCCUCGGUAUCUAUAACACCUUCAAUUGGACGUCACCCAGCACACUCCAAACUGCAAGACUCCAUCAACGUUAACCAUACCGUGGCUCAUUACAUAACAAUAAGUAUGUUCGCCUUUCGUUAAACGAGAUGUUUUUUUCGACAGUUUAUAUGGUUACCGCAACUUACCCUUUUUGUUUUACAUUUUACUCUGAAGUCAUAUUACUCACCAUCAUCAAGUGCAUAAGUCUUAUAAAGACAAACCUUCUUAAAGGUAUACUUCUAUCACUCCAUAUCAUGUCUUCAACUACAGCACAGGAUAUUUGUCUUUACUGCUUGCAGUUAAAUAGAUUUUAACUGUGUCAGCUAUUUUUCAGUCUAUUGAUUUUACAUAAAUAGAUGCAUUAAUGCAUGAUAUUUUGUAUCUGUCGGCUUUGGUGAAUAAGGAAAUGCUAAUUUGAGAAUUUACAGUGAUACUACCAGCCAAUAAUUCUAUUCCAGAUUAUUAGAUUGUUACUAUGUUUGCAGAGGUUAUAAUAGUCUCGUCAUACACACUAAUCUGUUAGGAGCUUUUCAGGAUAUUUUCAAAUCUGCACAGUUCGUAGUCAUAACAACGCUGAAAUAUAUUCAGCAUAAUCAGCCUAUCAUCUGGCUAGCUAUUCUCGAAACGUUCGUAGCCCUAAGAAUUCUUAAGUUUGAUCGUAGCCAAUGUGUUAAGAAUGGGCUUAAGAAGUUUGUAGGGCUACGAACGUUUCGAGAAUAGCUAGCCUGCUUCUUUACACAAAUUACAUCAAGUUUUCAGUUCAGCACACAUUGAAACGGCAUCGAACUCCUGGUAAGUGGUGUACUGUGAACACCGCUAAGAAUGGAUCAUAGAGUUAGGUCGUGAUGUACAUAGGAUCAUCAUCUUCAUCAUUAUAAGUGAUUUCACUGUUACCACUAAAUAAACACUAAAUAGUAUUUAUUAAAGACAAAACGAUUCCCAACUUCAAUUCUGUUUGACAAAGACGAAAAUCAUUUAUAUACUAAUUGACAAAUAGUCAAUUGAAGACCAUUUUUUUAUGUUUAAAAUUGUGUACACCUGAUGAUAUUCAUGUUACAUACCCACAUGCUGUUUUAAAAACAUAAAUAUUUAAUUAACAUGAACAUAUACUCAGUUGACCAUUUGUAACACGAUAUCAAACGCUUCUAUGUUUAUUUUUCAUUUACAGCUGUAAGCAUUUGAAAAUAAGCAUGUCAUAUAUAUUUACCACUCGUUGUGGUUGGGCGGGCAAUAUGGCAGCAUGGAUGCCAUGUUUCAAGAAAAUCCGCACGAAGGCUGUUCCUUAUCUCCUCUGAUCAGUAAAGCAAACAUUGUCUGUAACUAUUCGAGUCAGGACCAGAAAAAACAGUGAUUGACAUCAUGAGCAUCGAUCUAUACAAUCAAGACAUACUUCAACCAGGUCAAAGAGCCUGACCCCUUGAUCCCGUCAGUCGCCUCUUAUGACAAGCAGGGGCUCUGGAGAAUCAAGUCUAACCCCGAACUUAUCUUGCACUAUACCAACCAAAUGAAAAAGGUCAGUUAGACAAAAAAUAGCGAAAUAACUGACAAAGCCAUGAGUUGGAGAUAAAGUCUAACUGGGAUCUUCACGGGUUAGGCAAGACAUUUCAACGAAAACCCUGCACUUUCAUAGGACUUGUGUUCAAUUCAUGUUUCUUAGUUGAAUUUCGGGUUUUGUAACAAGGGUGAUAGGCUUUGACCUCCGAAUUACGCUAUAUUCAUGACGUGUAUUUGUAACAUUCUGACAAUUUCCAAUUGUAAUCACUUUGCGUUUCAGGCUUUCCCUGUAUAUUUUUGAAAUAUUACUUUUGUGUAGGCUGGACAUAAUACUCACUUUGACAGCUUGUGAAAAUAUCAGGUCCUUUAUUAUUUGUUUUUUUAGACUUGCAUAUUCAAGUAUAUAUUCACGUUUACAUAUUCGGAUAGCCCGCCAUGUACAUGCUAAAGAUAUAUAAUCAGCGUGCGCCAUCACAUUAAAAUGAAUGCAAUAUCUGUAUUUUUUAUUAAUAAAACUUUUUAAGAUGCUUUA